CAAUUCUCGAUGCUGCGGUGCUGCCCUCUCCCUUGUGCGACGGGUCCGGUGGCCGCUGGGUCGCUCAGCAGCACCUAGCACUGGACUGCAAGCUCUCCACGUCUUCUAGAAAAGCGACAGUGACUCGAGCCGGUGUGUGUGGUGAUGUGGUGAUAGGUGUUCCUGAGCACUGCAUUGGCCCGUCCUGCUUUUUUUUCUUUUUCAUCUUCCCAUCUCCUCCCUCGAUGUGAGACAGCAUACGAUGCAAUGUCAGGCACGGAAGCCAAAGGCUGGCUGGAAAUCGAUGCCCGCCGGGCGGUGACCGCUGCGAACGCUUUACCCACCUCGUGCUGCCUUGCGACAGGGCAAGCAAUCAAGCAAUUGGGUUUGGGCCGCCGAACGUGGCCUGCCUGCCCGCCAUAUGCCUGGCUGAGGUAUUCGUAUGUGCAUUGUGCUCCGUACCUCCACUUGGGUUGCCCCUGCCUUGCCUUGCCUUCCCCAGCCCAGCCCAGCGUACCCAGACCCGACAGUUUAACGUUAGGCCUUGCAUCCUGCGGCCCAUGGGGAACACGGCCACGGUUGGCUGCUUACAUGGAGCCUAAGAGUGAGUUGGGAAUAGAUGCAGCACUUUUAACGACAGGUGAACCAACAAGACCAUUUGAGGUCCGGGGGACUGCCAACUGGAAGACCUAGUUCUAGACUCGGACACUAUCCACAACCAAUCACAGCCAAUUCAG